AUGCUGCCUUUCACUGCCUUGUUUCCGUGCUGCCUUUCCCUCCCUUUCCUUGUUUCCGUGCUGCCUUUCACUGCUUUUCUUUGUUGUCAUGCUGGCCUGCACUGCCUUUCCUUGCUGUCAUGCUGCCUUUCACUGCCUUUCCUUGUUUUCCUUCUGUCUUCCACCUCCCUUGCUUCUUGUCAUGCUGCUUUGCAUUGCCUUGCCAUUCAUCAUCCAUGCGUGCACAUUCCCCUCCAGGCAAUGAAGCUGGUGGAGGUGUAUGAGCUAGAGGAGCUGAAGGACAGCAAGAUGCCGGUGGCAAGUGAGGAGGCCAUAGUGGACUUUGCAGACCUGGCUCUGGACUGCAUCAAGUCUCCCGGCACACGGAGACCCACCAUGAAGGAUGUGGCUUACCGCCUCAGUGCCCUCAUUGCCAAGCACUGUCCCAACAAGGAGGAUGAGUGGGAGAAUGUCGCGGAGGAAGACGGUGCAAGCAACGUGGAUACCGGUACAUCCUCAAGGGAUGUUUCUGCUGUGCCGUUGGGAGAUCGUGGGAGGGAGUCGGAGAGGUCUUAUGGCUCACAGUCGGGCUUCUGUUUCUGCGCCGGUGCACCCCCUCCUGUUGCUCCAUGCGUCUUCUCGGCUGUGUUUUGCCUCGACGCAGCACCCGCUCAUGGCCUGCUUCCCCUCCGCUGCUCCCCUCCUGCCCACUUCUCCCCUCUCUUCUUCUGUCACCCCCAUUCACUGCUGGCUACCAUGCCCUCAUCCCCCUCUCCUGCCUCGGGUGAUAGAUAA